CACAAGUUUACCUCUUCAACCAUGAAAGCCACCACCUUGAUCUGUUGCCCUACACUUCCUGCCACGCCCUUGUCAGCCCAACCUCGUCGCCGGAGAAGACAGCUUGGUCGCUUGAGCACUGUUGUUAAUGCUAGAAGGGAUGCGAAUGGCCGAGAUUAUGACGGGAGACUCGUGGAUGAGAACAUGAUAGUCCUGAGAAUGCGCAUCAAGGAGAUGACAAUGAUGGAGACCAGCCAUGUACCGCCAUCGGAUUGGAUGAAGUGGGAGAAGCAAUACUAUGAACAUUACGAUGAAGAUGUAUGUGAAGCUGUAGGACUGUUGCAGUUCUAUUUGAUGAAUACUAGGCCAUCUUUGGCGUUGGGUAUGGCGGCUCUCGUUGCGUUGAGUGUGCCCUUUUCAACUUUUGUGGUGAUGCUCAAUGCCGUAGAGAUAGCUAAGGGAGUUUUUUCUAUGUUUCAUUUUGCUUGA